AUGGGUUGCGGAGCGUCAAAUAACAGCGUUGCUGACGCACAACUCAAUUCUAACGCAGCUUUUGCACCUACGUUACCACCAACACAACAACAGCAGAAACAACAAGAAACGAUAAAAAGUGCUCCAAGCACACCAAAAAUGUCAACAGCUGGAAAAAAUGUUCUCAUCACUUGUCACACUAAUCAACAAAAUAUUGUCGAGCAAUUACGAAGAGGUUUAACAAAUCAAAACUUUACAUGCUAUGUUCUUACUGAGACAACACCACAAUCCAUAGUUGCUCGAGCUAAUCUUAUUCGAUGGUGUGAUGUAUUUAUCGUUUUUAUUAGUCGAACAUAUCAACGAACAUUCUUUUGCAUGGAAACUAUCAACUAUGCAAAAGAUAUUCGAAAACCAAUAAUUGCCAUUUCAGCUGAAUCAAAUUUUCAACCAUAUGGUGCAUUAGGCGCCAUUGCAGCUAGUGCUGCUCGAUCAAUGAUAUUGACAAAUGAUGGUAUAUCACAAAAUGUUAUAGCAGAAUUAUCAAAUGUUAUUUCAACUCAAAAGAAUAAGAAAAGUGCCAAAAAUGUUGUUGAUCCAGAAAAAAUUGAAAACAAUAACGAUAAUGUCAAUCUUAUUGAUGGUGUCAAGGAAUGUACUAUUCUCAUUUGUACAGUUGAUGAUGGUGCAACUGUUGGAAAAUUGGUCUAUGAUGAAUUCAUUUCGAAAAAUCUAAAUGUUGGAUUUGACAAUCUUUCAAAAGCAGAUCCAAAGUAUAGUAUAAGACGAUGUACUGUAUUUGUACCAAUUCUUUCACCUCAACUUGAACGAACACCAAUUUGUCGAGCAACAUUUGAAGAAGCUCGUCGACUUCGAAAACCAAUUGUACCUGUAAUAGCUAUCAGAGACUGGAGACCUGAAGAUUGGCUUGGUUUAACAAUUGCUGGAUGUACUUUUUUUCGAAUAUUUGAUAAAGAAAAUGCAUAUAAACCAUUCUAUGAUAGUAAUCGUAUGAUUGAUUUACGUGUUGAAGUUGAAAUAGCCUGUCGGCCAGCUCUCAGCCAAGCUGAACGUGAACAAGCAGAGAUGAAAGUACUAAAAGGAAAGAUUGAAGAAUGUAAAAGUAAAUUACGAACAUGGCCACCUCCUCGUAAAUCACGCACAAUAAAUCUAAUGGCUGAUCGACAACCAAUUCGUGUCACACUAGAAGAACCAAGUGCUAAGCUUAAUUUUACUCAUAUUCAUCAUUCAAUCACACGUAUGGAUAUGAAAGCACCAUCACCCAUGCUCGACGAAUAUGGAUUACCAAAACGAAGAGAACUCGAUUGUAUGAUUAGUUAUCAGUGGGAUAGUCAACGUCUUGUUCGUCAAUUUUAUGAAGAUAUGUCAAUGCGUGAAAUUAGUACAUGGUUUGAUAUUUGGGGUUCAAUGCAAGGCAAUACUAAUGAAGCCAUGGCUACAGGUGUGGAAUGUGCUAAAGUGUUACUUGUCUUUCUAUCUAAAGCUUAUAUUGAAUCUGCUAAUUGUAAAAUGGAAUUUCGAUAUGGUGUUAAGCGUGGAAAAGCAUUUGUUAUUAUUCGAACAGAGCCAAAUAUUCAAAUGGAACAAUGGAUGCUUGAAGCAAUUCAAGGAUUUCCUCAAUAUGACAUUUUCUCAUAUAGUGCUUUAGAAACAUUGAUUAACUCAGUACCAACAAUAGAUGUAAUUAUGCAAGCUGUGCGAAAACUUGCUCAAGCACAAUCACCAGAUGUUGUUGAUGAUUGUUCAGCUGAAUUAUUUGAAUUACGUUGUCUGCUUGAUGAUGCACGUGAUGCUGUGAGUGCUGAAGCCGGACAAAAUCGCUUCAAAACAUGUACCCGUUGUAAUCAACAAUUUGACGAAUACACACAGGGUGGGUGCAAAAACCAUCGAGCAUACUAUGUUGGUGGUUCUAUUAUAGAAGGUCGAUGGGUUUGUUGUCGACAGCAAGAAAAAGAUUCCUCAGGUUGUACUCCAUGUGAUCAUACAGAUGCAGUUCGUGUUUUUACUCAAGAUCCUUCAUAUGGUACAUGGACAUGGCAACCAUCGUAG